AUAUAUACAUAUGUGUGACUGGCCACCAGAAGUACACGUUCUGCAAUUACGAGUCGAGUCUACUCCGUGCGUGCAGCUCACAACAAUCCAGCCAAUUCGGAGACGGCGAAACAUUCUUUCCUUGCCUCAGCACCAAUCUUGUUUAUUCGGAAUCCCUCGAUCGAGCAGCUGCAACUCGCGAACACCAUGAGAAAGGAGAUCAUCAUCCGGAUGCAGCCGGGGUCGGACAGAUACCACAAGAGAGCUCUCAAGGUGGCCGCCGCGGUCAGCGGAGUAGUGUCGGUCACGAGGACCGGCAGGAACAUGGAGCUGCUGGUGGUGAUCGGCGACGGCGUGGACGAGGGCCUUCUGACCAAGAAGCUGAGGAAGGAGGUCGGGGAGGCGGAGAUAGUGGAGCUGCGGACGCUAGCGGCGGGCGCCUCGGGGCAUCUGCCGGGGACGUCGUCCAGGGACGUCGCCGCCGCGCACUCCCGGUCUCCGCACCACUGGCAUUCCGUCAACACUCCGGGCCGGGACUCGCCGGUGAGGGGCCACGUCUCGUACCCGGUCUCAGCACCGUCGCCUCUGGCCAACCCCGCCGUCGCACGGUGGCCGGCCGAGCAGUACAGGCAAACCGACAUCUGGUACUCAAGGUUUUCAACCGACAUUUUGACCCUGAAAUGUGGUGUUCUUUGGUUCGUUCCUAUCUUCAUCAAAUGA